UAAUAGUUUCAAGUGACGCUGUUACUUAACACAGCGAUAUGAGGCCACGGUACUUAUCUCUCGUCUUCUUUUUCAGUUUUGUUUGGCUGGCAAACUGUGCUCCCCCGACAUGCUACUCUCGUGUCCUAGGGCUCGGCAAAGAGAUCAUGGAGAUAUUAGACAAAGUGCACAAAUAUCAGCGUACGAAAACCUGCGCAGAAAUUCUGCCUCCUUUAUUUCUGGAUGUUCAUAACUCCUGCCUUACAGCCAAAUUGCGUGACCUUCUGUACAUUUUGGAGAACCAUCCCACGGAAAACUGCAGAGAACGUCCCAGAAUCAUUCAGCUGAAACGCAAAGCCAGGAGUCUCUACGUCAUCAUCAAUCGGGUGUGCUACCGGGAUCUGGUGUUUUUCACAAAUGACUGUGAAGCUCUUGAGACUGGACACAGCAGCCCAAGAUAUGGCGAGGACAGACUGCAGCUACUAGAGGAGAGAUGAAAUACGCACACACAAACAUGCAUACUGUCAGACACACACACAGACACACACACACACACACUGUCAACCAGUCACAAACAUGCUCACACACGCACAGAGGGAAGAAUGAAAAAUUCUGUACCAGCACAUCAUGUUAUUAAUUCAGAUGGAGCAGUUAUUGGGCUAUGAAUUAUACCUUAAACAUCUUCUGACAGAAAGGUGUAUGUGUCUGUUUGCGUGUGUGUAUGUGUGUGUGUGUACAUGUGUGUGUGUGUGUGUGUGUGCUUGUGCUUAUGAAUGCGUGUUUUUGAAUUCUACUCAGCAGGAGAAAACUUUCCACAGGAAAUUUGCGAAAUGCCAACCAUUCCUAUGAAAACCUUAAAAUAAUAAACUAGCCAAAUGUUUGCAUGGCUCUGUGGCUAUGGCUUAUUCACUGCACCAGAUGACAGAGAUUUCACAAGAUUCUUUCCAGCUCUCUCCAUGGCAAAGCCGCCCUAAUACAACUCAUUCUAAAAUGCUUUGUGUGUUUUCACAUGCCUUCAGUAGCACUGAUUACACAGCAUGAUGUUGUAUAAUUGUGAACUUUCAGCAUAACAACACUGAUCCUAUUAUAUAAAAGAUAUCUUUUACCUCAAACCUGUCUUGAUUUUGUCUGGAGAUUAUAUUUUACUAUGCAAGUCCUCUGUCUACAUAAAACCUGUUCAAUGUUAAAAUAUCUGUACUUGUUAUAAUAAAUGGAUAUAUUUUA